AGCCCCCGUGGUCCGCAAGGUCUGGACCUGAAGACAAGAUUUUAAACUGAAGCAUCUUUUCGCCGAUUAUGGAUAGAUGUCGCAAAGCAUUGAGAGCUGCGGAGCUUUAGUUGUCUGUUGCGGGGUUCUGUCAUCCAUAUUGAUCGUGUGCUCUCACUGUCAACGGUAAUUUUCUUUGACGCGCUUUCAAUCGAUCCUUAAGUACCAGCCACUACAUCAACUUACAAUACUCAUGAAAUGGCUCCGAAACUAAUCGACAGAGUUAAAGAACUUUCCAAGUCCUCGCAUGACGCAGCAAAACAGCUUGAGGUGACAGUUUCCGACCUUGAAAAAAUCCACUUUGGCGGCGGGUCAAGUGUCCCGAAAGGCCCCAUGGCUAAACUUGGACGUGGAUUUCAGACAUUCAAGGUCAACGUCUACGACAAGGACAAAGAGUUGUUCGAUAAGCUGAAGUCUGGACAAUCGCCCAAGUACAUGGUGAUAGCUUGCUCCGACUCCCGAGUUGACCCUGCUAUCAUCCUGGGACUCAAAGUUGGAGAUGCUUUUGUUGUGCGCAAUAUCGCUAACCUGGUGCCAGCUUGGGAGCCGAAGUGCGGUAACCCAUCAGUUGCCUCUGCUCUCGAGUACGCUGUGAAGCACCUCCAUGUCGAGCACAUCGUUGUUGUCGGACACAGGAAGUGUGGAGGAAUUGAAGCUCUUGUUGUCACCGAGGAAGACAAGGGCACCCACGACUUUAUCGAGAAAUGGAUGGAGAUCGCUCAACCGGCGCGCACUGUUACCAAGGCCAUUGUGGGCAAAGAGAGUGUGGACGAGCAAUGCAAGUUUUGUGAGAAGGAGUCCGUAAACGUAUCCCUCAGUAACUUACUCACUUACCCAUGGAUCAAGGAGAAGGUGAUCGGCAAUAAGCUAAGCCUCCACGGGGGCUACUACGACUUUGUAAAAGGUUAUUUCCAGACUUGGGACUUGGACAUCAAUGUUGGUCACUCUCAGAAGUUCUAGAUCAUUGUGGGUCGGCGCAACUACGUGGAUUGUAAGCUUGUAUGUUGAGUAGGUUCUGUAGAUCGAUAGAGGGUUGCGUUCGAAGGGUAGUUUGUUAGUCGGCGCGAUGUAUUAAGACUUCCAGGAGCUGAUUUCCUGUUUAUUCAAUAACCAGAUGAAAGCUGGUUUGUCUUCUUAUCGUUUCAGAUAAUUCCCUUGAGUUUCAUAUAAUAUCUGCGCACUAGCUUUCUUAAAAGCCAUGGUGUUCUGUAACUCUGUUAACUCAAAAGGAUGAAUAUAUUGAUGUUACUGAA